AAAGAAAUCACAAAAAUGACAAAAUCGUUCCAAGAGAAACUAGGACAAGGAGGCUACGGAAGUGUUUACAAAGGACAAUUGACAGACGGGCAACUAGUUGCAGUGAAGCUUUUGGCUGAAACUCAUGGAGAUGGAGAAGAUUUCAUUAAUGAAGUUGCUAGCAUCAGUAGAACUUCCCAUGUCAACAUAGUCACACUAGUGGGUUUCUGUAUUGAGGGAGAGAAAAGAGCCCUCGUGUAUGAGUUCAUGCCACAUGGAUCCUUGGAUAAGCAUCUAGAUGGUGAUUGCGCUCAUCUGGACUGGAACACAUUAUUCUUGAUUGCAAAAGGGAUUGCACGAGGUCUAGAGUAUCUGCAUCGAGGUUGUAACACAAGAAUUGUACACUUUGACAUAAAGCCUCACAACAUUCUGCUGGACAAAGAAUCUGUCCCUAAAAUAUCUGAUUUUGGGUUGGCAAAGUUGUGUAAAAGGAAAGAGAGUAUAGUGUCUGUAAUGGGUGCACGAGGGACCGCUGGGUACAUGGCCCCAGAAGUAUUUUUCAGAAGUCUAGGAGGUGCAUCUCACAAAUCUGAUGUGUAUAGCUACGGGAUGAUGGUUCUUGAAAUGACAGGUGUAUGGAAACGAAGUAAUGCUAACAUGACAAGCACAAAUGACGAAUAUUUUCCCGAAUGGAUACACAAGCAAGUGGAAGCUGCAGGCAAUCUAGAAAACCAUGGAGUGACAACCGCAAAGGAAAAGGAAUUAGUUAGAAAGAUGAUGACGGUGAGCAUGUGGUGCAUUCAGUCUGACCCAUCAGCAAGGCCAUCCAUAAGUAAAGUAGUGGAGAUGCUGGAAGGAAGCUUUGAAUCGUUGCAAGUUUGGCCUAGACAUUUCCGGUCAUCUCACACAAGGCCUGCCCAAGGCGCUUCCCCGUUAGCCACACAGAGUUCAACCAGUGAGAGACUACUAACAAUGCAGACCGCGGGAGAAGACUUCUCUUCCUAA